AAAUGAAAUACAAAAAUACGAUGCAAUGUUGUCCACACUCUGUUGAUAAAGGGCUUUGUAGUAUUAUUUUGUUUUUUAUUUGUUUUGGAAAUUUUGACAAAAAGUUAUUUAUGGUUGAAGGCAAAUUUGGAAUUAAUAGUGAAUCGAGUAUAUAAAUUGUUGUUUUAUUCAAUGCAAACAGUCCUAUCCAAUGAGAUCCCUCAUUAAUUGCUCUGUCAAGAUUAACUAUCAUUGAAGCUGGAAAUUUUGUAAUAUCAGUUGGUAUUUUAUCUGCGGCAAAACAUCCUACGAAAAAUCUUCUUGUAAUGUUAUUUUGAAACAAUAUUUUUUCAAUUUGCGUUGUGUUCAUUGUUAUCGUCGUU